AAGGGCUGAAGCUCAAAACACAGCCACAGCUCUGCCUCUUCAUGAAUAAUUUAUCAGAUCAUCCCUGCUGAUUGGAGUCAGCUGGAGGAAGCGGUUUUGUGGGUGGGUUUUUGAGAGCUUAGAGCAAGCCUGGACAAGUAUUGGCCGAGGGAACGCGUGUAUCUGUGAGUGUACAAGGGAAAGGUGAAUGUAGGGCAGCUUGCUACUGUAGCUGGAUGUGUGCCUGUGUACGUGUGCUGUCGAGUGGGGCCUGUGUUUGUCCUGCUACUGCACCACUGCUGUGCUACUUCUGCUUUCAGCAACACCUCAUCCCCCACUGGAUUUACACAGGGGACAUGUAACCUUUCCAACAAGGCUUUGUUUGUGUGUUUGCUUACGAGAAGGCGAAGGAGAGGGAGGUAACAGCCUCCCUUACAAAGGAUUCACCGAUGCAUUCCUGUUGGAAAAUGAAGCUUCAGAAUGAGAAACCACUGGGUCAUUCUGCAAGCAGGUCAAGCAACAUUUCAAAGGCAGGGAGCCCGACUUCUGUGAACACCCCUAUCGGUUUCCCUCGAACUUCAGUCACGCCUUCAAACCAGGACAUCUGCAGUUCUAACACUAGCGCUCCAGCUCACAGGCAGGUCUCUAAGAAACCUGCUCAGACAGCUGUGGUUUUGCUCAACUCCGAUGAUAAGCAUUGGCCAUCGCAGAGCAUCACUAUGACAAAUCUCUGUCUCGACUCGCCCAUCAAACCCAAAAAUAAAUCCAUGUUUGGGGCUGAGUGGCUCUCCCUGUUAAAGCCCUCGGUCAACCUCAGACCGCACGCCAGCACGCUCAAGUUUUCCAAGUCUCUGAAUGACGUGGGUCAGAAGAUGGACAGGCGGUGCAGCCUGCAGUUUGCUGAACGCACACGCUCAGAUGGUGUAUUGCACUCCGAUAUGAAGGGAGAUGUAGAAAGUGGGCACCAAGCCAAGACUCUGGUAGUCAAGCUGACUCGCCUGCCUCCACUCUACUCUUCUCAGCACACCUCCUUCUCCACCACCUACGGCUACACGAGUGCUCACCCUGCUGACAUUCAGAAGACCUCCAAUCUGCUGCGCUUCUUCUUCCCAUUCCCUCGCUCCUCUACAACAGGCAGUCUGCCUCUGGGCGAACCGCCCUCCUGUGCAAAGCCAUCCAGUGCCUUGCUGGAGGUAAAUGGGGUAUGUACUGAGGAGCUGGGUGAUGACGAUGUGUUUGAGGAAGAGUCUAGUAGUUGGAGGCUAAAAUCUGAGCAGCAUCACGCUCCUCUCUGCUCCCUGGAGGAGGACGGUGAUCUGGAUGGCUGCUUCUCACCACUGAUGGAGAAAAAAGGUCCACCCUCGCCGUACUCUCUGACUGGGGAUUGCUGCAGGAUCUGUCACUGCGAGGGUGAUGAGGACAGUCCACUGAUCACGCCAUGCCACUGCACAGGCAGCCUGCGCUUUGUGCACCAGGCCUGUCUGCAGCAGUGGAUCAAAAGCUCUGACACCCGUUGCUGUGAGCUCUGCAAGUUCGAGUUCAUCAUGGAGACCAAACUAAAGCCGUUGCGCAAGUGGGAGAAGCUGCAGAUGACAGCCAGUGAGAGGAGGAAGAUCAUGUGCUCUGUCACUUUUCAUGUCAUUGCCAUUACUUGCGUGGUCUGGUCACUGUACGUCCUGAUCGACCGCACUGCAGAGGAGAUCAAACAAGCCAGGAGAAUACCAGGAACACUAAAGCUGCACCCUGGUCUAACUUACGGAGCCUCCCAAAGCAGGAUUCUGGAGUGGCCUUUUUGGACAAAGCUUGUGGUGGUGGCUAUCGGUUUCACUGGCGGACUGGUUUUCAUGUACGUGCAAUGCAAAGUCUAUAUCCAGCUGUGGAGGAGACUUAAGGCCUACAACAGAGUCAUAUAUGUGCAAAACCGACCAGAGACCUAUAAAAAAAAUAUUUUCGAAAAACCUUUACUUAUGGAGCCAAAUUUGGAAAACAAGGAGGGUUUUGGGCCAGCACAAUCAGACACAAACUCUUCACAGUACACAGAGACUGAGGACUACAGCAUGGAGAUACUGCACAUGUGAGCGGUGCAUCCGCAGUCCAAUUCCGUGGGGCCAGAUGAUGCUUUGCCUCCUGCCAGGAUACAGGGGGCAACAGACAGCGCUGGGCAGAGUAACUGAGACAGAACUCCUUCUUUUUUUCUAGGUGUUUUCUUUGUUUUGUCUGUUCUGUUCCUGUAACUUGUUGGCUAGCCAUUCUGAGUCGGUGUGCGCCAGGUCCAACUACUGCCAUUGUACUGCUCUUGUAUGAGAUGUGUGAAGCACCACUCAAGCUGCGUGCAUCUGCGCUCACCCUGUGUGUGAGUAAUGUGUCUCUGCGCUGGUUCAAAUGGAGUCCUUAACAAUGCAUUUAAGCACUUUUUUGUUCCUUCUUUAAGGCUCUCCUCUUUUAAUACCCAUACAUUUAUAUAUACAUAACAGGAAAAAAAACAAAGAGAGAUUUUCUCACAUUUUAUAUGACAUUUUUUAUUCCCACGAAAAAAAAAUUUGGAUGUAAAAACUGGAAAUUUGAGGAGCUAUAAGGGAAAAUGGAAGUUUUUUUUAGAGUGAUCAUGCCAUCUUUCAUAAAAGGAAGUAUUUUCUGAGUUGAUCAGUUUUUUCUUUUGUUUUAGCUGAUAGUUAAUUUAUUCUAAAUGUUACUUACUUAUUCAAAAUCAAAUCACUGAAUAUCUACCAAGGGCUAAAGCAUAUUUGCUAGUGCUGUAACUUGUGGCAGGCCCAUAAUGAUUAUGUUGACCACUAGUUUUUUGCUAUGGUUUCUGUCUAGGCCAUCAGCCCCUAACUGUUCCUCUUGGGGGCUUCAAAAAAAAAAUCUCAUCCAUUACCUGUUAGAAGCCAUUUUAUUUCCACAGCGAUUUAAGUUCCAGAAUCAUGACACCUUUUCUAGAUGAUUUGUGUUUUUCUAUACUAUAAUGAAUCUUUAUAUUGAGUCUUUACUUUGACCACCUUCUUUAAGAAUUCAGUUCCUUUAGUACUGGUUAAAAGAGUACCUUAUUUGCCUAAGUCAACCAUUUUUAUUCAUGAUUUCAUAGUUAAAAAAUUUUCUUUUCAAUCACUCAAACAUAGACACUUUUACAUGUGGCUUUAGAAACUGUAUCCUUUCAACAUUUAGCUUUUUUCUUUUUCUCAUUACAGUCAGCAUGCAUAUAUUGUUUUGUUUUGUUUUGUGUUUGUUUUUGUUGGUUUCUAAAUACGACAGUAAAUCUAGGACAAAUCUACCUAUUCCCUAGAAUUUAUUGCAUGGAGUCCCAAAACUAGACUCUCAGACUUUCUUUUGAAGCAUAGAAAUGUUGUGAGGGGUGUUAGUUAUAGAUGUUGGGAAAUUUGUGACUUUCAUCAUUUUCUCAUGCAAUAGGGGUUUUUGAAGGAACAGAUCCCGUUUCUCUUCCUUGUCACGUAAGAAUGUCAGGGCGAACCUGCAAUCAGAGCAUAACGUCUGCCAUCUAGUGGCAGAGAUCACAUUUUACAUGUUGUUAUACAGAUUUUAACGUACCCUAAAAGCUUGGUGCAAUUCGAGCAAAAUGAAAAAGUGCAAUUACAGUUUGUUGAUGGGAUCAGUCUUUUAGUCCUUUUCCAGUUUUUACAUGGUUUUUAGUUUUACAGUUUAUGCAAAUAACACUACAGAUUUGAUGUUGCACACUUAAUAUAAUAUUGUUCUUGGAUCGUUCAACUUUUUUUUUAUGUUGGAUCUCUACCAUUUACUGCUUUGCUACAUGAUGACUGUGGAAAAAAUGCCCUUUGAAAGCUUGUAAAGUUUUACCCAACUGCAACCUGGCAUCCUUUAAGAUUUGAUAUUUGAUCCAUUUUGCUUUAGUUUAAAAAUCAGUGCAGAGGUGAGAUAAAUAGGAGCUGGCUCCUUUAACCUUUUUAAAGUAGUGUGGGACCAUUUGACAAAAUAUUGAAUUAAGUUCAAACUGUAAUGUUUUUUUCAACCAGGUAUGAUUUCUGUAUUGUAAUUUCACAUCUGCAUUGUCAGGUAUCGGCUUUGCUGCAUUGUGUCUGCUUUGUUUAGCGUUGAUCUGUUGCAGUAAUUGUACUGUUUGUCUCUUCAUUCUUCACUGCUGCCGAUUGCUAGUAGUUGAGCUCUGAUGAUCACAUGAUUGAUCACUUUUGCUAACACACACCCGAAGACACACGUGCUCAGAAAAGUGUUUUCCUCGCAAACUGCAAUUUAUUGCUACUGAAUCGACUUGAAUGUGGUCAACAUGACUGUUUCCUAGCCCUCUUGUAUUCCAUUCUUCUCUAUGUGACCUUUUUUCUUUGAAUAGUAAAAGUAGUUUUUCAUAAUGUUUUUAAUGAAAAUCUUGAUGUGCGUUGUUUUGUUUGAUUUUCCAUAUUUGAGUAUAUAGACUGUAAAGCAACCAAAUAAAAUGAAGUAAACCUAUACAUUGUUGCAAAUGAGACAUUUUGGGUGUUUUGUUUUUUUGGCCACAAUCUGUACUGCUGUUAUAAAGGCGGUGGUUGGUUUUUUUUUUUGACACAACACUGCCUAAAGAACUGAAACCAUCACUCGUUUCUUGGAAUAACCAUUUCCUAGGUUCAUCAAGGCCUUUCACAAGCACUGUGUCGAAAAAAAGAGAAGCAGUCGACCUGAUUGAACACGUUGCUGUGGCUUUCUCAGUAGCUAAGUAUGGUUUUGUGAAACUGAAAAGACUGUAAUUUUAAUGUAUAGUUUUGUAUUUUAUGUAUCUGUACAUUUUUUUUUUCUCAGUAUUAUUACGCUUUUAAGGGGUUAACUUUAAGUUUCUUAAUUGAGAUGUAAGUGAUGUUGUUUCGUGUUUUUAAGGGGAGAUUAAAUGGAGCAAUAAAAUAAAACCUUGAUGAAACCAGCA